AUGGCCGGAGCAUUCGAUGCACAAUUUGGCAAAAGUAUCGCAAAUGACUCCUUGUGCGAUAGGAGGUACUGCAUUUCAAGAAUUCUAUGCUGCUUCAAAAGGGCGGAGAGAAUUCUCCCGUGCCCCGAGAGCGAAGCCCCCAAAAGCGUGGAGGUGCGCUUGGCCUUCUCUGACCUCCUUGCAGAACAAGUUGACUUUAUACGCAGCACGGUAAACGGCAUUUCAGAGACUCUGCGCCUUGACAUACACGUGCUCCCAGAUUUAGUGCAGCACUCUACGCACAUUAUUGCCAACACAGACCCAAAAGGCCUGAGCAAAAGAACGUACAAGUACCUCGCAGGGAUUCUCCUCAAAAAGCCCAUUAUUUCCUUCAUGUGGUACGUUGAGCUUUUUGAGGCAUCCAGAGGAAUAUGCGCCCCAGACUACGACACACUCCAUGCGGAAGUCCUUCUACAGCAGCUCACAGAAAACAACAUAGUCCGAGGCGACUUCUCAUACGGCUACUCUGACGCCCCUGCAAUGGCACACAAAAUCGUGCACGCUGAGCCUGUUCUGAAGGGAGUGGGCAUACAGGAUGUAAAUAGCACACUGACGCAGGCAGAGUUAAUGCUUGUUGAGCUCGCAGGAGGGACUGUAUGCAAAGGCGAUGGAGACACAAGUGCAAAUACCGUUAGUAUACUGGACAUCGAGCAGUUCUACGCUAUGAUUUCGUCCGGGCAUGUUCUCACCCUCCGCGAGAAAAAAAUCUUUCGCUUUGAGCUCCCGCAAUAG